UCGAGACAGGUGGCACAUGUCUGAAACGCGAUUACGCGCGUGCGUUUUGCCUCAUCUCGCGCUGGAGGAACCCUCCUUGCCUUUAUUCUGCUGAACGCUGGAGGCUGGAAGUUUUCCCCCCGUUGCUCUGUUCGUGACAACACCAGGAUGCCGAUUCUCCAACGCUUUUAACGGCUUUUACACUAAUCGACAUUUUCUUUUCUCCUGAUAUACCUUGAUUUAAAGAUCCACGUUGUAAAGGGAAAAAAAUAUAUAACAUGUUUCCUGAAAUCAACAGCAAGACGGGUAGAACAGAGGCGUUCCCUCACCCUCAGAGAUCGCAGGCCGAGAGUACGCGCCUGGGGUCCAACCGCAACUUUUCCCAGAAGUGCGGGAGAGGGACUGGCACUUUACCUCAACUCGACCCACCAGUUAAACAGGUGGUGGUGACCAAUGGCAAACUCCUCCAACAAUCUGAUGGCACCUUACCCAACAUCGUCAAACAGCUGGUGCAAAACGUCCAGCAGAGUCAGGAGGAGCGGGAGAGGCCACGGCCGCAGUUCCCACCACGUUUUGGCUCCUCUGUGGACAACAUCUCAGAGUCUCUGACCAGGAGCAUUAUUAACAAGUUUGAGAAGAUCAGGACUUAUGAGGGACAGCGGCUACCCAUGUCACCAACAGCUGCACUUAAGCACUUCCAGAGCCAGCUCACAGAGUAUGAGCAGGAGGAGAUUAUGGACUACACCGAGAUUUGGUAUCUGGGCUUGGACACCAAAAAGAUCCAGGGUUGCCAGGGAUCUGCACAAAAUUCAGGCUAUGAUGAUGAGCAUGGCAGCUACCUAAAGGUCAUCCAUGACCAUAUCGCCUACCGCUACGAAGUCCUGGAAGUGAUUGGCAAGGGAUCUUUUGGACAGGUCCUCAAAUGUUUGGAUCAUAAGACAAAUGAGAUGGUGGCCAUUAAGAUAAUUCGCAACAAGAAAAGAUUCCACCAACAGGCACUGGUCGAGCUCAAGAUCCUGGACGCACUGCGGCGGAGAGACCGAGACAACUGGCACAACGUCAUUCAUAUGAAAGAGUAUUUUUAUUUCCGCAACCACCUCUGCAUCUCCUUCGAGCUCCUCGGAGCAAACCUGUAUGAGCUGAUCAAGAAGAACAACUUCCAGGGCUUCAGUCUGGCUCUGAUCCGGCGCUAUGCAUACUCUUUGCUCAAGUGCCUGCAGAUGCUGCACAGAGAAAAGAUCAUUCACUGUGACCUCAAACCGGAAAACAUUUUGCUGUCCCAGAGAGGACAGGGAAAUAUCAAGGUGGUUGACUUCGGAUCAAGUUGUUACGAGCAUCAGAGAGUGUACACGUACAUCCAGAGCCGUUUUUACCGCUCUCCAGAAGUGAUCCUGGGCCACCCGUACAGCAUGGCUAUAGACAUGUGGAGCCUGGGCUGUAUCCUGGCCGAGCUUUACACGGGAUACCCACUUUUCCCCGGGGAGAGCGAGGUCGAGCAGAUUGCCUGCAUAAUGGAGGUGAUGGGUUUGCCUCCAAACGACUUUGUUCAGACUGCAUCCAGAAGGAGGUUGUUUUUCGAUUCGAAAGGAAAUCCACGAAAUGUCACAAACAGCAAGGGGAAAAAACGUAGACCCAACUCCAAGGAUCUUGCCAGCGUACUGAAGACCAACGAUCCUCUGUUUUUAGACUUUAUUAGGCGCUGCCUUGUGUGGGACCCCAUUAAGCGCAUGACUCCGGAUGAAGGAAUGCAGCAUGAGUGGAUCCACGAGGGCCGCCUUAAUAGGCUCCGCCCUAAAACACGACCAAUUAGGAAGACUGGAGAGAGUGACGUCAACUAUGAGUACAUCAACCGCAGGACAAUGUCAAACAGAACGGAAAAGUCAGGCUUAGAGGACAGACUGAGGAGAGAAAACUCUGCCAAGGCGGGUCAAAGAGAGACAGAAGAACGUCUGCGACCGAUAGGGGCGUCUGCGGAGAAGGAAACCAGUGAAGGCAUGGACGACACAGCAGACAGCAAAGACAGUCAAGAUAACAAACCAGACAGCUUUACACAGGGAAGCUCUGGGAGGAAAUCAGAGAGCAGUCAGCGCUCCGUCGAAAUCGUCAUCCAACAUCAGUCUCAGUCAGCAGCAAGCACAGACUCAGAGGAUCAGGAGCCUCACACUCUACCACCUAUCCUUUAACUUUCUUAAUUUCGGAUCAUUCAGAAGUUUCUUCAAGAAUACAGUAGCAUGGGCAGUGACAAGGAGUCCGCAGGUGUGUUUAGAGAUUAAAGACCUAGAUAACUAACAGACUGCACAGUUCCAAAUUAAAUUAUUUUUUUUCUGAAAUUAGAAACAUUAGACACUAAGAUGUCUUUUUUUAAGAUGUACAACAAACCAAAAAGGACUUUUAUUUUUGGGAGUUUUCCGAGCUUAAGGUUAGGUAGACUAAUAUAAGGAUUAAAAUGUAUUAAAAUAAAUGAAAAUAUUAAAAUAUUAAUCUUUGUAUUUAAUGUUUAAAAGGAACAGCAACCACAGGUUACAGAUUUGAAAGCUAGCAAGUCAUUGCUAGCUAGUGAUUAGCUAGCUAAAUUUCCAGGGAGGAUAUUUGGAAUAAACUUUAAACAAUGUAAUCAAUGCAAAUUAAAUGGUGUAAUCAGCUGUAAAAAAAAAAAAAAAAUGUUUGUAAAAUGUAAAAGAUGUAAAGAUAAUAAGAAAGUGCCCCCCCCCCACUUUAAUGUUAUUUGAGGAAAUUGGUGAGCUUCAUAGCUUUUUGUACACUUUGUAUACACUUAAACACAACAGUUUUUUUAAUUUAUUAUUAUUAUUAUUAAUAUUAAUAUUAUAUAUAUAAUGAUUGACCUCAUUUGCUUAACUUGGUCAAGUUGUAUAAUCUGGAAGGCUUAUUCAGGUAGCCAAUGUUUAGCUAACUUCAAUAAGGAAUGCUAAGACAAAACACGCAAAAAUGACCAUCUCUAGCUCCCAUCUCUCUCUCAAGUGUUAAGCCAGUGAAAUUAAAUAAGGUUUUGCUGCAGGAAUACCUGCCAUGUAGUUGAAAGGUUGGGGGAAAUAGGGAAUACAUUUUGUCUGUUUCUUGAGGAGAAACAGAAGAACAAUAUGGCAAAUGUGUUCGGUUAUCUAGGUCUUUAAUAUGCAUACACUAUACUGUACAGUUUACCUCGGCAUGCAAAUUUAAUUAGUUUCAUAGGCGAGUUCUUAAGGCGAAAUUUCGUACUGCAAAACGCAUUUUUCCAUAAAUAAUAUAAGUGCAGAUAAACCGUUAGGGCCAACCAAAAUAUUAUCAAUAUUACCAAUUUCUAACACUAUAACCACAUUGGUGAAUAUUAAAACUAACAAUCAAAAAAUUACAAAAAAAGACAUGUAAAUAAAAGUCAUAUAUGAAUACUCAUUAAACCUCACUUAACCUAAAUUAAUGAUUUCUCUUAUUACCGGCCACUUUAAAAAAGAAACUGAAAGUAGCUCUCUUUUCUUCUUGCUACCGUCCUUGCUAGCAUUCUUGGGACCCAUGGUGCUAUGUCUUUAUUAAAUCUUGCAAAAAAAAAACACAAAAGUUUUGAACAGCUCCCAGACGCGCACGCAACUUAGCCGUUGUUCGAUUCGGUUCAGUUAGUUCACUCGUAUUCCAAAAAUGCUUUGUACGCCGAGAUAAACUCAUGCAAAAUUCCUGUUUUUAAGGUGAAUAUUUGUGAGGCAGGGCAUUCGUAUGCCGAGGUACCACUGUAUAUGAUUCUGAAUGAGUCGAACAAAACCUGUGUUGUUCCUAUGAGGUACAAAAACCUUUCUGGAAAAGGAUAAUGAAAAUUAGAAACAAUAAAACCUGCAUCACUGACAUCUUGGAAGGUCAAACAGCGUAAGACUUUAGGACCGUUUUCUUAACAUCUAUUGCUUUGGAGCGUUGAUAACCUUAUAGUUUGAUAAGUGAUGUAAAACCAUGACAUUUGUACAGGUUAGAACUACAAAAGAAAAUAAACCAGAUUUCUAGCUUUAACACAAUAUAUCAGCAUUAAAUCAUAGUCAGUUAAUCCUGCAAAUUCCACUUGGAAAAACAAACACACCCUUCUGUAUCACACUGCAUUUGAACUGUACAUACUUGAUAUUUACGCAUCCAAUUUUUUUUUUUUUUUUUUUUUACGAAAAUGUUGUUUAUACAACUUUUACUGGAGUUUAAGCUGAAUACCAAAGGAACUAUACUGUAUAAUAUUGUCUGCAUGCUUUAAAACUGUUUAUAUUCUGUUUCAUAUUUACCUCUACUUUUUGUUCUUUUUUUUGGGGUGGUUAUACUAGGGUUUUAGGAAAAGUAGUGCAAUGAGACUGAGCCAAACAGAUCAUUUAGAGUUAUUGAGUUUUUGAGAUUUAUUAACAAUGGUGAUUAGUUGUUUAUUAUUUUUUCUGUAUAUGAAUGAUUUGAUAAAUGCUCUUGAGACAUGAUAAUCAGGGGUGGACAUAACCUAGCCCGAAACGCCAUGGACGUGCAGAUUGUGCGUUUAAAAAAAAUAUAUAAUUGUUUAGGGUCAUUCCGUAAUUAGGAUUGGAAAAAAAAUCCAAGCAGACUUGCUUCAUUUUCUACAGGGUGUUUUAGCUUACAAGAGUUGAGUUUUUAACAUGGAAUGAGCAAACAUACACAAUGUAAAUAAUCAUUGAAUCUAUAACAAGUUACUUAUUUAUAUGUAAUUAUAUAAUAUAAAUUGUAGUACUGAAGCUAUAUUUUGAAUAACAUAGAUUUAAAGUAGGUUUUAAAGUGAGUCAGUAUCACAAAUCAAUAUCAAUAUGGGAGAACUUGCUCGUCCAGAUAUUUUAAAGUACUGAGUAUGUUCUGGUAACAGGCUUGAAUGAAAAAGUAAAAUCUAAGUUUUUUAUUAUCUGUAAUAGAUGACUUGUAUUUAAAUGGGUAAAUUUUGAAGUAAAGACUGGGGAAAUUCUGUUUUUUUUAUAGAUUUCAUGGAUUUUAUAAUUGGGUUACAUAAUUUUUUUCUGAAACAUACAUAGAGAUAUGAAAAUAUAUAUUAAACAUACUGUACCAAUGUUUACAAAUUUUUCAUUUAUUUACUUUAAACUUAACCUUUAUCGUUACAUUAUAUUAUAUACAAAGAAAGGAUGUUCAAGUCAAAUUGGGACUUUCGAUUGUGCAGAAUAUCAGAACACAGUUAUGAGAGUAAAAACUACCUUUAUUUCUAUCCUCACCUUCGAGACACUAAUGCACUUAUCCCAGUGUUUAAUGACCCAAACAUGUGGAAAUUGCUUUAGAAACGGGCCGGACUGUCAUACUGUACAUGGAUUUACGGCCUGCUUUAAAGCAUUUGCACUAUUCAAAUGUUUUACUGCACCUAAGCGUCUCAUCCCUGUACUGUGUUCAUGAAAAGGUUUAUGCCUUUAUUCACAAGAAAUUUCAUCACAAGUCCUGGUUUGACUUGAAUGCCCCUCUAAUUUGUAACAGGAAUAUGAAUAGCACAGGAAUGACACCCAGCUUGUGGACUUACCCACUUGUGGACUUACCCAAUUGUGAUCUAACUCUUAUUUACAGAAGUGGGUGGCUUAGUGGUUAAGAAACUGGACUGUAGGGUAAAAGUUUGUGAAUUCAAAUGCCAGGAUUGCCAAACUGCUGCUGUUGGGAGUAAGGGAUUAGCAGCUUACUCUGAGCACUUUGAACGCAUGUGUUUCUUUAAAUGUAAUGUUUUCAUUGCUUCAUAUUUCAACGUGGAGAAACACCACACUAGUGUGCGCUACUCGCCAUUUUCUGCACUACAAAUUAAUCAAGGAUCUCCGAAAUAACCAAAUCUCUGGAAAUUAUGUUGUCUAGUUAAAUUAGUUGUCUACACUAUAUAGCCAAACAUUUAUUGAUUCUGAUCAGGUCGGAGAAAAACAAAUAUGUUCCAACAGAAACAUUUUUAAGAGAGGAUAAGGAAAUAUAAAUAUAUAGAAUCUUCAUUUUCCUGAGAAUUUGCACAUCCCUUAAUUUCUCUUAACAAACUACAGUAGCUUGUGAUACAUUUAUGUAAUUUUUAACUGUUUUAAUAGGAACUGUUAACGGAAAUAUUCAAGCUAACCUAAACUGAAAACUGAAAAAACAGGUUUGGUUCUAUCAAUCCUUGUUCUAAGAACCUUUUUCAAGUUUGGUUCCCAUAAUGUUCGUUUUGGUUAGUUAAAGUUUUAAGAAAGUUGAAAGAACUUUACCUAUAUAACAUUGCAGCAGAACCUUCUAAAAACCUUCACGAAACCAGCCUGGCUACAGUUUCUGGCUAAUGAUGUGUCCAUCCCUGACUGAUGAUGAUGAUGAUGAUGAUGAUGAUGGUAUUACGGUGUUGUAAUAAAUUAAAUUCUAUUCACUAUAAAGCAAUGAGGAUGUAAUAUAGCUUAUCACUGCAGUAUUUUAGUAAUAAUAUAUCAGUAUAUACAGUAGAUUGUAUUUUUUCCUAUAUAUACAGUACACAAUACUUCUAUAUCUUUUUUUUCUCUUUUUGCCAUGCACUAGAUGUGUAUGCCAUCAGUUGAUCUACAAUUAGACAAGGUUUUACUUGUUUAUGUCCCGUUCAAGUAUUAUGAAACAAAGAAAGGAUUUUACAGCGUUUUAUUUAUGUUCUUUUUCUUAAUGUUAAUACUUGUGUUAGUAAUGGUAAAUCAGGACAACCUCUAAAUGUGCUUGUUUGUAUAUCACAUUUGCUUUACUAAAGUCAAACACUGCCAUUAGUGACUGUGUGUUUUGCAUUUUGUAUUUAAAUUGGAAUGGUGCAAUGGUUCACAACUGCAAAUAUUAUUCUAAGAUGAUAUCUCUCCUUCAGAUGUGUACACAUUACAUUUACCUUCUUAGCCAUGCUCUUUGCUUUGCAAUACGACCUGGUGUCAUUUGUGAAAUAUAGUUGUAUUAUUUUUAUGAGGUGAAUAAACAUUUUAUAGAGAUUAAUUUUUA